GUAUUCGAUUAACUGGGUUCUUUUUAACUCAAAAUUAUAGACAUUUUCCGAGCAGAACUGGGGUUUCGCCACAAGUACGACUAAAGAUUAAACCACAGAUAUAUUAAACCUAACAUAUAUUCUUCGUGUUUACAAAUUUACAAAAUCCAGUCCCGAGUUUUAUAGUAAUUUUAGAUUAUUAUCGUAUGACAACAAUAGUAAUAUUAUAAAAUUUUAUUUGUCUAUUGGUCAUAACGUAGAAACAACUAUAGAUAUAUAACAAGAUAAUAAUCGAGUGUCCAACAACGAUAACGUUGUUACUGCUGUCCGGUUUGAUCCUUUUUAAUUUGUUCGCCAGAUUUACCCUACAUUCUACAGUCUAUAAUGGCUGGGUGGAACGAAAGUCAGUUACGAAGAUAUAACAUAAAAAUGGAAAAAAUACCUAUCCUACAGUAUGAUGAUCCAAAAGUAGAUUCUCUUCUCAUCAAUAAUAAACCAGUAUUAAUCAAAGGAUCUAAAUUAGUUUCUCGUGUGUUAAAAUGGGAUCUGGAUUAUUUGACGGAGCACAUGAAUUCAACAUGCUGUAAUGUAUUGACAUCAAAAAAUCAUAAAUUCAAGUAUUAUGACCAAAAGAAAAUCACCCCUAAUAUGACAUUCAAACCAAUCAGCCGACCAAGUCCUAUGAUAUUUUCAGAAUUUAGUAAAAAAAUAAAAGAUUGGAAAAAAGGAGACUCCAGAUUAUACAUGCAACAAGUGUUGAACAACUCAAUUAGCCAACGUAUUGUUAGUGACUUUGUUAUGUUUAAUUGGGAUUGGAUUAUUUCAAAACAAAAUGUGUGUAAAUGGGGUUCUCUGACAUCUAAUCUUCUUCUAAUAGCACAAGAAGGUAAUGUUACUCCAUGUCAUUAUGAUGAACAACAAAAUAUGUUUGCCAGCAUUCGAGGAUAUAAAAGAUUCAUUUUAUUUCCUCCUAGUGAAUUUGAGUGUUUAUAUCCACACCCAGUUCAUCAUCCUUAUGAUAGACAAACUCAAGUAGACUUUGAUAAUCCAGAUUAUAUAAAAUUUCCAAAAUUCAAAGAAGCUUGUGGAUAUGAAGUUAUUGUUGGACCUGAAGAUGUCUUAUAUAUACCUAUGUAUUGGUUUCAUCAUGUUGAAUCACUGAUGCAUGGUGGCUAUACAGUUUCAAUAAACUUUUGGUUCAAAGCAGGAUCUGUUGAAAAAAUUGAAUAUCCUUUGCUAGACCACCAAAAAAUAGUUAUCAUGAGAAAUGUGGAAAAAAUGCUAGCUGAAGCAUUACAUGAUCCGAGUGAAGUUGGAACUAUGCUGAAGACAAUUGUUUUAGGCCGAUACACGUCUGAAACCAACUAAUAAUCCACCUUAAAAUAUGUUUAUUAUUUUAAAAAAAAAAAGAUCUGAUUGAAUAAUAUUUAUUCAAAUAAUAAGAUUAUUUAAUAUUUUUAGUUUAUACAGUAUGAGAAAAAUUAUAACAUUUUCAUUUUUGUUUCUUAUUUCCCCCUUUUUUUAAAUAUUAAAUUUUUUUAUAAAAUUUUUAGUUUUUUAAAAUUAAAUUAUAGCCUGUUUUAAGUUGUUUGGCUUUAACAAUCACCAAUAGAUACUUCGAAACAUAUUGUUUUUAUAUAUAUAAACUUUAGAUAAUUUACACUGAAUAUAUCUAUUAACCAAUAUUAUAGCACGAGUAUACUAAGUAUUAACUGCAUGAACUUUAAAUGUUCGAGUACCAAAUAGUGUACCAACCUAUGAUUCAGGUUAUGCUUUAACAGUUCCUACUACUUAUGAGAUUCCUUUAAAUUUUGGUUAAAAUGCAAAUGAAAUUAACAAAUUAUGAUGAUGCUUCUCUAUGCUUUAUAUGUGUUUACUAUGAAUGGUAUGUACUAUAGCUCUAUCUAGUGUACAUGAUCAAUCUAUUUCACAGAUAUGUUAAACUUAAAUCAUAUUUACUAGUCAUUCAUUCACUAUUAUGAUUACAAUAAUCAUUUUUAUUAUUGUUAUUUUAUUGUAUUUAUUAUAGUAUAAAUAAUUAAAAUUCACAUUAUCCAUAUUUGUACGCCCUAUUAUGAAAAUUAUAACAUUUAUAUAAGCCUGACAGUUUGAUACUAAUAAAAAUAUAUACAUUUUGUACGUGGCUUGUAUUUACAAAUAUUUUAAAAAUGAUUUAAAGGCUGAUCUUAAAAAAUAACUAUGUGACUAAAUGGAUUAUGGA